AUGAAUUUUAAUACACGUUUGCUUUUACAGACUGUGAUGCUGAACAUGGCAGCUGCAGCUGUAACUAACAUUCAGGAAGCAUUCGAUGCCGCUGCAGGGACUGAGAUCACUGAUUUCAAAGUAAGUGACAGAUAUUGGCUUGUGAUGGAGAAUAAGACAGUUGGUGAUGUUGAAAUCACGGGUAUGAAGGUGGUAUACGCAGGAGACAAGACUUCUAAACCAACUACAGAACCAAUACAGGCCAAAAAAAGACAGAAUCCACGUAAUUUGAUCAAUGGGACGAUAGCUAUGCUAAGUGGUAAGAAAGACGGCCUAGCGAAUGGUGUUACAGAUGAAAUGCACAAUUUCAUGCUUGGAACAGUACCAACAGAUGAAUUUGAUGUGAAACGAACUGAGUUGCUUGAGCAAAUCAAGAAACAGAAUGACGACAUCGUCUGGAUUCUGCUGGGUGCCAUUCUACAGAUUCAUUAG